AUGGAGGUUUACAUAGACGAUAUGCUAGUGAAAUCCUUAGUAGCCGGCGACCACGUUCUCCAACUCCAAGAGUGCUUCAACAUCCUCAAUAAGUUCGGGAUGAAGCUAAAUCCGACCAAGUGCACUUUCGGAGUUGCAUCUGGGGAAUUUCUGGGAUACCUCGUAACUAAAAGAGGGAUCGAAGCCAACCCCAAACAAAUCUCGGCGCUUAUCGAAAUGCUACCUCCGAAGUCGGUCAAAGAUGUGCAAAGACUCACAGGAAAGAUCGCCGCAUUAAACCGCUUUAUAUCAAGAUCGACAGAUCGAUGCCUUCCAUUCUACAAGCUCCUUAAAGGGAACAAAAAGUUCGAAUGGAACACCGAUUGCGACGCCGCCCUUAGCGAGCUUAAAGUCUACAUAAGCGAACCUCCUAUCCUAUCUAAACCAGUUCAUGGCGAACUUUUGUAUCUUUACGCCGCGACUUCCGAACACGCAGUAAGUGGGGUCUUAGUCCGCGAAGAAGACAACGAACAAAAACCAAUCUACUACGUCAGCAGAUCCCUGUUCGAUUGUGAAACAAGAUAUCCCGUGAUGGAAAAAUUGGCCCUGGCGGUGGUAAAUGCCGCGCGGAAACUAAGGCCAUAUUUCCAAUCCCAUACGAUCAUGAUUUCAUCAUCGAGCUUGUUCCCAGUGAAACUAAACACCGACGACAAAACCCGGAAGUGGAAACUCCACGUCGAUGGUGUGUCAUCAAAGCAAGGGUCGGGUGUGGGAAUAAAACUCGAAUCUCCUACAGGAGAGAUGAUCGAACAAUCAUUUCGCCUAGGCUUCAACGCAUCAAAUAAUGAAGCCGAAUAUGAAUCCUUAAUCGCCGUAUUGCGACUUGCCCAAAGCAUCGGAGCCCAAAAAAUCAGCGCAUUCAGCGACUCACAGCUCGUCACCAGCCAAUUCCACAGCGAAUAUGAAGCUAAGAAUGAAAGGAUGGAGGCCUACCUGGCAAUACUAAGAGGAAUUAUAAAGCAGUUCGAUGAAUUCGAGCUUACGAGAAUUACGAGAGGGGAAAAUACCUCAGCAGACGCUCUCGCCGCCCUGGCGUCAACAUCGAAUCCGACUAUAAGAAGGGUAAUUCCGGUUGAAGGAAUAGAUCAACCCAGUAUAGACAUCCCUUUAAAAGGAACCCUUAGUAACAAGGACGACCUACCGCUGGUCGCUCCAAUCGUCACUCGUAGUAAAUCCAAGGGACGUACUCAAGAGCCCGACGAAGACUCACUCGUAGCCCCGCGGAGUCGGAAGUUCCCCGGUGAGUCCUCUCGAAGAACUCGAUCAAGCACUGCCAGGACAACGCUUGAUCCCCCGAUUCCCGAAGAAAUACCCGUUCACGAGGUAAAUAACGAAUCACAAAAAGCUUUCCCGGACGAGCUCGAAAACAGACCAGAUUGGAGAACUCCGCUAUACAACUAUAUCGAUACCGGAGAACUUCCUCCCUAA